AAUAGAAGAAGUGCAUGUGAGCUGACUCGAAAAAGACAUCCUCUGCUCCUGUGGUGGACCCCUGUGAAGAGGAAGAUUCUCUGUUUUUUUAAUUGAGAGACAGAACUGUCCCCUCCAACUACACACGGAGCUCGAUUCACUCCUGAAAGAGACUUUUUUUGAAGUGUAUGAAUAAUGUUUCUGUCUCUAAAAUCUCCUGUGAAUCUGUGCAACCCUGUGACCCAAGCGUGACAGCUAACAAUGCAUGAAGAAGAGUUUCUGAAAGCUGUGAAAAUUUGGCCUAAUGAGAAGAUUGUACAAGUUUAUUACAAUCAUCAAGUAAAUAUUAACUAUUGUGACAAGUAUGGUAACACAGCCCUGCAUUAUGCUGCCAUCAUGAAGAAGCUGAAUGUGGUUUGCUUCUUAACGAGAGUUGGCGGAGAUACGCUGAGCACUAAUAUGAAUGGGCUAACACCUUUUCAUUUUGCGGCCUAUGGAGGGAGUCAGAAGGUGUUAUCUUACCUUCUACAAAGAAACCAAGAAGCUUUAAAUUACCAGGCUGAUAAGAAUCAGUCAUCUCCACUACAUGAAGCUGUCAUUGGAAAAGCAGUUCAAGCAGUGGAGUUCCUGCUCCAAAAUAAAGCAAUUUGUGACCUUCAAAAUAAGGAUGGUGAAACUCCCCUGCACCUUGCUGCAUACCAGAAGUCAGAGGGCAUCUGCAGUAAACUAUUAAAAUAUGGAGCAAAUGUGGAACUUAAAAAUAAGGAUGGUGAUACUCCACUGCACCUUGCUGUGAGAAGUGGAUCUUUACCUAUCUGUCAGAUGUUAGUUAAAAAUGGAGCAUCUCUACACACUAAAAAUAAGAAAGCAGAAAAUGUCUUGUUCUAUGCAGUGAAUGGUGCAGGCACCAACUCUAAAGAUGACUAUUAUAAUCUUGUUACUUGGCUCAUUGAAGAAUCUUCAUCUCUCUUACUAAAUAGAAAUAAGGAUGGUUUGACAGUCCUUGAUGUUGCUCGGAAGAGUCAGAUUCCUCCAAACAUUAUUGCAUUAAUCCAACAGAAAACACAGGAACUUCAGAGGCAAACUCUUUUGAAAGAAUUGGAUGGAACAGGAGGAGGAGGAGGAGGAAUGACAAAGAUAUUUAUCUGUGGUCAUAGCAGAGUGGGAAAGACAACCCUAGUGCAAACUCUGCAGCAGACUGGUAUUUUAUCUUAUGUCCAACACUGGUUUAGAGAUCCAGACUCUCCACCAUCUACCGAAGGUGUACAGAUUACAAAAAGCAGUUUUGCAGGAGAGAAGGCUGUGGUAUGGGAUUUUGCCGGCCAGAUGGAAUAUUACUUCACUCAUUCCCUGCUCUUAUCGACACAAAGUGAGAAUGUGUUGUACUGUAUUGUUUUUAGCCUUGAGCAGAUUCAAAGUGAAGUAACAGGAAACCAGUCUGAAGCAAUUACUCAGGUUUUGUACUGGUUACGUUUCCUAGAUGUCUGCAGGAACAACAUUAUAAAUAAAGCUAAAGUGUUCUUGAUUGGUAGUCACUAUGACAAACUAGAAAUGGACAACAAAGAACAAGUUGUCAAGUACCUUUUUAAGUCAAUUCACCAAAACAUCAAGGAUUCCCAAACUUGCUUGGACAUCAAUACAACAGACUUCAAAAUGAAUUGUAAAUUUGCUAGUGAUGUGCAGCCCCUCAGAGGAAAGCUAAUGGAGUGUAUGCAGACUUUCCAGAAGUCUGUGGACAGCACUCUGCCCUCAAUAUGCAAAGAAGUGAUGAAUGAACUACAGAUCAUAAGACAUAAUGGUGAUGUUAAAUUCUUGUUCUGGAAAGAUUUUAUUUUAUCCGUUAAAAAGAAUUUGUCAGAAGAUGUUAGCUGUGAAACCCUGAAAACAACUAUAGAAUAUCUUCACAACAUUUCUGAGUUACUUUUUUUUCCUGAUUUUGCUAUUGAGUCUUAUGCAUCUGAGGAGGACAGUGGCCUUAUAAUCUUGGAUAUCCAGUGGUUAUGUCAAGAUAUAUUUGGCAAGUUUGGCAGCUUUGGGCUUGGAAAAUUACCAUGUGCUAAGGAGACAUGGACGGCAAGUGAAAUAGUGGCCAUUUUAAAUGUAGAAGGCUCUGCAGCUACAAUUUUGAAGGUUCUUGAAGUCUUGGAGUUACUUUAUAGUGAAAAUGGAGAAAAUUAUAUUGUACCAGCUUGGCUAAAGGAACAGAUGCCAAGAAACAUAUGGACCAAACAUGAAUGUUUUAAUGUUUAUUAUGGGAUAUCUUACACCUGGAAAAAAGAAAACGGACUAAUUUCUCAUGUGUUUUUUGCCCGGCUUCAAAUGAAAUUAAUGAAAUGUUUUACACAGCUCAGACAAGAUGGCACAGUCGAAGAGAAAUUUGUACUUUGGUCCAAUGGAAUAAAAUGCAUACAUGACACAGAGGUCCUUGUGCAAGUGCCAAAAGGUCGCCACUGCAUUAAUAUAGUUGUUAGAGGAUACAGAAGCCAUAACUGUGAGCCACAGGACUCACGCAAGCAAUGCUUUGACAUACUAGAAGCCAUUUGUUUUCAAGUGGAGAGUUUGUUUCUGAGGUUUGGAACAAAAGAUGAAUGGAAAAAAUUAUAUUUGAGCCCAAAGGAGCUAGAAGCCAAUAUGGGCACAUUUAAUGCUGAUUUUACUGUCUAUACCAUGAAGGAAAUCCUAGAUGCUGAAAAAAGUAAUACACGCCUUUAUAAUAAAUUAACAGGGUGUGAUGAAAAGCCCUGUGAUGUCCUAAUUUCAGGGCAUGACCUGACUGUUGUUAAAAACCUGAUGUGGGAUGCCAGCAUUAGGUGGUUACAAGCAGACACAGUUGACAAACUUUGUGCCUUUUUAGAUUUUGAGCAUCCCCUUGGAAGGCAUUGGAAGGGACUUUUAGAAGUGCUUACGAAUGGAACGAAUCAGAACUGCGAGGCUGUAGCAGAGCAAGCUAAGAGAGAAGGAUUAUCACCUACAUUUGUGCUGUUCCAAAAAUGUCAAGACAUGACAAUAUUCAAAUUAAACCGUGCCUUAAGUGGUCUUGAAAGGGAGGACUGUGUGGAUGCAAUUAAUACUAUGUUUCAAGACUUUAUAUGAGAAGUGUCCAUUGUAGGACAGAGUCAGGCGGAGUGAUACAACAAUAAGCUGAUAAGUAAUGGGUGUGGUGUAAGGCUGUGACAAUUUUCAGGGUGUUUUGAGGGUCUUUGAGUGAAAACCGAAGGGGGUGUAUAUAACGGUGCGCCAAUGUUGUAGACUAAAUAUAGUUUCCACUUGUCAAUGCCUCAUUGCGUGUUCAGCUUUAUGGCCUACACUGAAUCCAUAUCCGUAACAGAGAUGCAAAGAAGAUUUUGUAUUAAGUUUAAUAUUCCACAUAUUCUUCUCGUAACAUUAUUUUAAAGUAUUUUAAUAAAUGUCAAUCUACUGGUAAGGUGAAGUACAUAUUUUUUGCACCACCGAGAACUAUAAGAAUGCCAGAAAAUAUGGACAAUAGUGGAGAACCCGUCGUUAAACAUUACAUCAGUCGGUAAUAUUAAACAUGUCAAAUGAGUAUAUAAGACAAGCUAAAUAAACUGUAUUAGUUAAUUACUUUUUUGAAUACUUUAGUUCUUUUCUAAAUCAAUCCAACCAUUUGUUCUGUCAUUUUAAAAUCAUAACAUCCUUGCGCCACCCCAGUUACAUUCUUAAAUUACCAAGGUGCAUUUGAAAGUGUAUUACGCAAGCCAGCAUUAUUUAUUUGUCAAGGUCCAUAGGUCCAGUAGCCUGGGCUUGAAUGUCAGGCUGUUCACGGUGUGUAUAGAGUUUGCAUGUUCUUCGCAUCUUCAUCAUUUUUUCUGAAUAUGCUAUUUUUCCAUCUGCCACAACAUUAAAACCACUGACAGGUGAAGUGAAUAACAUUGAUUAUCUCGUUACAAUGGCAUUUGUCGAGGGGUGGGAUAUAUUAGGCAGCAAAUGAACAGUCAGUCAGUUUUAGAAGGUGAAGUGUUGGAAGUAUGCAGUAGUUAGUACCUACCAAAAGUGGUGCAAGGAAUGACAACUGGUGAACCAGUGUCAGGGUAAUGGGCACUCAAGUCUUAUUCAUGAAUGUGCAGGGUGAAGGCUAGCCCAAAUGGUUCGAUUCCACAAAAUAUCUACAGUAGCACAAAUUGCUGAAAAAUGUAAAGCUGGGCAUGAGCAAAAUUUGUCAUAACACACAGUGCAUCUCAGCUUGUGGUGUCUGGGGCUGUGUAGUGCCUAUAAUGGACACAUUAAUGUCACAACUACCAUAUAUACUCGCAUUUAAGCUCUCCCGUGGAUAAGUUGGGGCUUGAUUUUACCGUAUAAUUUUUUGUAUUUUAUGUCAGUCGUAUAAGCCGAAUGUGGAAAACUCCCGCUAUUGAUCAAAGAGAUUGAUAUGCUAACGCCCACCUGAGAGAGUAACCACGGAGCACACUGCCUUUUUUUCUAUGUAUUGUGCCUAUUCCGAUGUGACAUUUGCACUGUUUAGUGUUUUUUGUAUCUCACACCCUCAUACACCUUUAUCGUAAGAACAUCACUUAUCUAUGGUGGAGCGUUCGAUCAAAAGAAAAUAUGAAGCUGGUUUUAAAUUAAAAGUCGUUGAAGUGGCAAAAGAAAUUGGUAACUGCGCUGCUGCAACAAAAUUUGACAUGUCUGAGAAACUGGUGUGAGAUUAGAUGAAGCAAGAAGAUGUAAAAAAACAAUGUGUCACAUUUUUGAACAGGCGUAUAAGUCAGGGUCUGACUUUAUGAUCAGUAUUUCGGGUUUCAAGACCCGACUUAUAAGUGAGUAUAUACGGUAGAUCAUGGAGCAGUGGUAGAAGAAGGUAGCCUGGUCUGAUGAAUCACAUUUUCUUUUAGAUCUUUUUUUCUGGUGGCGUGUGCAAACACAGUGGUUCUUCUGGAUCAGACAAAUUCCGUGCAAAUUGUGUUAAAAAUGUUGCUUCACGUGUGUAUUGUGCUGCAUAUUGUAAGGUCUCUGAACUCUUUUGGGACUCCUCCAAAUGGGACAACACACCAAAGAGCAUCCCGAAGCACGAUCACCUUGUCUGCGGAUGACAGUUUAUCAGUUGCUGGGGCAACCACGGGCUCCCAAUGCUGUAGUGGCUCGCAGCUAAAGCAGACCCGAGUCGAUUGCAGUUGUGCUAUAAGUUCAUUAUAAAGAUCAUUAUAAAUUCAGGAAACAGUAUUACUUGGCCACUAACCUGGCUACGACCCUGCCCGUUUUCUGCGUCUCUGUAUUGUAGAAUGGUAGAUUCCGCUACAAUAAAUAACCACGCUGUUCCUGUUUCAAGCUGAAUAAAGUUGGUUUUGCUAAAGUACUGAGACUCAGCCUCCUGUUUUGGGGUGCAAGACACCAUCUCACACAUUACAAUAUAUUAUGCAGAAAACCUACUGACGCUAGUGAUUUACAUCAGUGAUCACUGCUGCGCAUACAACAUUACCUCAGUAUUAAGGGAGCAGUUGAGCAGCCCUGGCAUUCUACGAAGAUCCGGCUGCCAUAACACAGCUUCACAUGAAUCGACUAUAAAAUGAUAGCUGAUAGCCAUUAAUAAGGUGAGCAGAAGCAGGAGCAAGGUUAACAAGCUGGUGUCCACAUCAGGAUAGAAAAAAAUACAAUCAGCCGGGACUCCCAUCUAUUAUGCUUUCACAUGUUCGCUCACAGGAUAACUUCAGAUGUCAACAGCUAAGCCAGUGAGAGAUGAGGGCCUAUUCCAUUGUUAUCUUUACUGAAACGUGACUCCAUAAUAGCAUCCCUGAGAGAGCCAUUCAAUUGGAUUGACUAACCACUUUCCAAGUGGACAGAGUUGCUUAAUCAACCAGUAAGGUGCACAGUGGCGGUCUGUGUGUUUAUGUGAACAAGGAAUGAUUAAAAAACCACUGCAGUAGAAGCAAGCCAAUGUUCUACAGUGCUGGAGUGUCUAACUGUAAAGUGUCAUCCUUUUUACUUGCCAUGGGAGUUUACCAUUAUUUUUUUCAAGCCAAUUACGUGUACUUUACGGAAUGGUUACACAGCUGUAAACUGUGCAUCCCUGUAUAUUUUCUUUUGUGGCUGGAGAUUUUAAACACAUGAGCUUGUUGACUUUUCUCCCCAACUUUAAUCAGCACCUGAACUUUCCCACCAGGACAGAGAACAAACUAGACCUUCUGUUUGCAAACUCUCACGAGGCUUACAAAGCUGCACCCCACCCACAUCUCAGUUUUUCUGAACAUAUUCCCAUCAUGCAACUGCCUGCAUUCAGAAUACUGCUUAAACGGUCUAAACCAACUCUUAAACAAAUUAGGCCUCACAUUAACAAGUGCAUUGAUGAUGUGAUUGUCUCUUCUUUCUUCUUCUUCUUCUUCUUCUUUCAGCUGCUCCCGUUAGGGGUUGCCACAGCGGAUCAUCUUCUUCCAUUUCUUUCUUCUUCCAUUUCUUUCUGUCCUCUGCAUCUUGUUCUGUUACACUCAACUGCAUGUCCUCUCUCACCACAUCCAUAAACCUUCUCUUAGGCCUUCCUCUUUUUCUCUUGCCUGGCAGCUCUAUCCUUAACAUCCUUCUCCCAAUAUACUCAGCAUCUCUCCUCUGCACAUGUCCAAACCAAUGCAAUCUCGUCUCUCUGACUUUGUCUCCCACCCGUCCAACUUGAGCUGACCCUCUAAUGUCCUAAUUUCUAAUCCUAUCCAUCCUUGUCACAUCCAAUGCAAAUCUUAGCAUCUUUAACUCUUCUACCUCCAGCUCUGUCUCCUGCUUUCUGGUCAGUGCCACCGUCUCCAACCCAUAUAACAUAGCUGGUCUCACUACCGUCCUGUAGACCUUCCCUUUCACUCUUGCUGAUAUCCGUCUGUCACAAAUUACUCCUGACACUCUUCUCCACCCAUUCCACCCUGCCUGCACUCUCAUUUUCACCUCUCUUCCACAAUUCCCAUUACUCUGUACUGUUGAUCCCAAGUAUUUAAACUCAUCCACCUUCUCCAACUCUACUCCUUGCAUCCUCACCGUUCCACUGACCUCCCUCUCAUUCACACACAUGCAUUCUGUCUUGUUCCUACUGACCUUCAUUCCUCUCCUCUCUAGAGCAUAUCUCCACCUCUCCAGGGUCUCCUCAACCUGCUCCCUACUAUCGCUACAGAUCACAAUGUCAUCAGCAAACAUCAUAGUCCACAGAGACUCAUGUCUAAUCUCAUCUGUCAACCUGUCCAUCACCAUUGCAAAUAAGAAAGGGCUCAGAGCCGAUCCCUGAUGUAAUCCCACCUCCAACUUGAAUGCUUCCGUCACUCCUACUGCAGACCUCACCACAGUCACACUUCCCUCGUGCAUAUCCUGUACAACUCUUACAUCCUCUCGAGGCACCCUGUCAUAUGCUUUCUCCAGGUCCACAAAGACGCAAUGCAACUCCUUCUGGCCUUCUCUAUACUUCUCCAUUAACACCCUCAGAGCAAACAUUUCAUAUGUGGUGCUCUUUCUUGGCAUGAAACCAUACUGCUGCUCACUAAUCAUCACCUCCCUUCUUAACUGAGCUUCCACUACUCUUUCCCAUAACUUCAUGCUGUGGCUCAUCAAUUUUAUCCCUUUGUAGUUACAACAGUCCUGCGCAUCCCCCUUAUUCUUAAAUAUCGGCACCAGUACACUUCUUCUCCACUCCUCAGGCAUCCUCUCACUUUCCAAGAUUCCAUUAAACAAUUUGGUUAAAAACUCCACUGUCAUCUCUCCUAAACACCUCCAUGCUUCCAUAGGUAUGUCAUCUGGACCAACGGGUUUUCCAUUGUUCAUCCUCUUCAUAGCUGUCCUCGCUUCCUCCUUGCUAAUCCAUUUCACUUCCUGAUUCACUAUCUCCAUAUUAUCCAACCUCUUCUCUGUCUCGUUCUCUUCAUUCAUCAGCCACUCAAAGUACUCUUUCUGUCUGCUCAAUACACUCUUCUCGCUUGUGAGUAUGUUUCCAUCUUUAUUCUUUAUCACCCUAACCUGCUGCACAUCUUUCCUAGCUUGCUUCCUCUGUCUAGCCAGUGUCUCUAAGACCAUCAAAACAUGUCCAAAUGUCCAAAUCAGAAACCAUAGGUGAUAUUGGAGGUACAUGCACUGUUAAAAACAUGUAAUGCAGGCUUUAGAUCAGUUGACAGGACAGCGAGGGCAAACCUAUCUUUGGGCAUCGAAGCAGCUAAGCGAAAAUAUGGCAAGAAAAAACACAUCCACUAUCAGGACACCAGAGACACAUGGCUCAUGUGGCAGGGAAUCCAAGCCAUCAUAGGCUAUAAGAGCACACCACUUGUCUGCUGUAAUGAUACCUUUCUUCCAGACAUUCUAAAUAACUUCUAUGCAUAGUUUGAUACCCUGAAAGACAUACCUUUGAGGAAGUCCACCCAUCCUAUGGAAGAACAGGUACUGUUUUUGUCCACUGCUGUUGUGAGAAGGACUUUGUCGAAUAUAAAACUACACAAACUGCUGGACAUACCUGGCUGGCCAGAGGCUGAGUCAGAGGGAGUCAGCACAGGAAAAAAGAUAAACGGAACAAAAUAGGUGAGUGACACUGGCUUUAAAGACUCGUAAUAACAUACAAUAACUGCUUUACGUGGUAUGGCAGCUACUGAACUGAGAAUUGCCAUCCUGAGAAUGUGUUUCUUUAGCACUGAAUGCUGUUUAGAAGAGUGUUACACAGUCAUUAGCAUUAGAACACUGUGUAAAAGAGUGUUUUCCUGUAACUGAGGUGGCUGAAGCUGCACCAGGGCACAGAACACAGCACAAAUGAUCAAAAUAUGCAAUACGGAGUAUAUGUAUUUAUAUUGUGGAAGCUGGACAGCGUUCUUAUGACAUCCUUGAACUUAGAAGAUGUUCAAAAAGCAUAUGUUUACUAAAUGAAAUAGAAACACAGGAAUGGUUAAACAGUGAGUUUAACGCAAAGUACAAAAGAGAAAAUUGUAAUUAACCUGCCACACCUUGGACCUGCUUACGCUUGCCUGAGAUCUCUAUCUGUCCUUUCAACUUGACUUAACUAAUGGCCUAGUGCUACACUUCACCAAACACACUCCUAGACCACCUCCUCUGCUCGACCUCUGGUAUAGAUUGGGCAAGCCAAGCAAAGAAUUAAUCAUCUGCCAGUCGUGACCUGAGGGAUUACUGUAUAUGUCCCUUUCGGACAUAUUAACUGCUGUUUUCUAAAUUAGUGGUGUCCUUUCAUAGCAUCUUGAGAGACUAAAUGAGAGGUUAUGUGGCCAUUGCUAGAAUGUACCUUAAUAUAUCUAGCAUGGCUCUGUUUAACUUAAUGUACUUUAAUUUGUUUUUAUUGUGGUGAGAGUCUGUUGUAAGAAGUUUAAUUUUAAUAAACAUACGCAGGCCUAAAUCAAAAGAUAAACAGUAUAACCACAAGGAAUCGCCAGUGAGCCACAGACACAAUGUCACCCAUCACAACUCUGAAUAAAUUAAACACCUUUUCCAGUGAACGCAGCCAAAGUACCCAGUUACAACUACAAGAUUCUUCUGCUCCUUCCGCCUUUCUGGUGAGGGUCACCUGCUGCCUCCUGACUCUGACCCCCUGUGGUGAGGCUGGGGGCUUCUUUUAAACAGGACCCAAUAUUGCUUCUGUUGUCACUGCAUUGGUUGUCCGGAGCACUUCUGUGUUAUAUGGAAACCAGGGCAGUUUUCCUUUUGCAGUACCUUCUGGUGGCACCCAAGGACCCCGACAGGCCUGCACUUCUGAACUGCAAUUUCCGUGCCACCCCGUGGGGGUCCCAACUGGGAUCAGCCUAGAGGAACACUGCCACCUGUUAUCUGGGGGAAUAACUUGCUUCUGCCAUCUACCAUCCCCUAGUCCAUCCAAUUUUUUUUGCUUCCAACUGGGACUAAGAUUGCAGGGCGUCCCAGGCUGGGUUGUGUCUCCAAUCCCACCAUCCUUCCAAGGAAUCGCCCUCCAUCCCAGUCGGGAAGCCUGUCCGUCAGCCUAAGCACUUACACAGUUAGCAUUUGCAUCAAGCAUCAGUCAAGUCUAAAUGAUGGCUCAUUUUUAUGUCUGAUAUGUUUGAUCUCAUGCUUCACUGCAAGUAUGAUGCUCAUUGCUAGAUUUUAUUUAUUUGUACUAA